ACAGCUCCGAGUCGACCACCGAGGCGACGAGUUGCUGUCGCCCAGAAGCUACACCGUCAGAACCUCGCCUGCCUGCAGUCACGCUGCCCGAAGAAACUCCGACCAGCUCGCCGUGACGGAUGGACCCCGCUUCAUCGAGCCCAUACCCAACGUGACCGUCGCCCUGGGGCGGGACGUGUCUCUGCCGUGCGUGGUGGACAACCUGGGCAACUACAAGGUGGCGUGGAUCCACAUCGACCGGCAGAUGAUCCUGACGAUCCACCGGCACGUGAUCGCGCGCGUGCCGCGCUUCAGCGUGUCGCACGACGACCAGAAGUCGUGGCUGCUGCACGUGAGCGGGGUGCAGCAGGAGGACCGCGGGCUGUACAUGUGCCAGGUCAACACCGAGCCCAUGAUGAGCCAGGUCGGCUACCUGCAGGUCGUCGUGCCGCCCAACAUCCUGGACGAAGAUAGCACCCCUUCGUCGGUUGCGGCGCGCGAGAACCAGAACCUGACCUUGGCGUGCCGGGCGGAGGGCGUGCCGCAGCCCAAGAUCAUGUGGCGGCGCGAGGACGGCCAGCCAAUCAGCAUCGACAAGCGCAAGAAAGUGAACGUGUACGACGGCGAGCAGCUGAACAUGACGAAGAUCAGCCGCGUCGAGAUGGGCGCCUACCUGUGCAUAGCGACGAACGGCGUCCCGCCGUCGGUCAGCAAGAGGAUCAUCGUCGACGUGGAGUUCUCGCCGAUGAUCUGGGUGCCGAACCAGCUGGUGGGGGCGCCCGCCGGCACCGACGUCACCAUCGAGUGCCACGCGGAGGCGUACCCGCGCGCCAUCAGCUACUGGGUGUACGACAACGCCAUGCUCCUGCCCAACCGCAAGUACAGCACCGACGUGGCGGAGAACAGCUACCGGGCGCACAUGCGGCUGACGGUGCGGGCGCUCGAGCCGGUCGACUUCGGCAACUACCGCUGCAUCUCCAAGAACUCUCUCGGGGAGAGCGAGGGCUCCAUCCGACUGUACGAAAUUCCAAUGCCUUCUACACCUCCUAAGGCCAAUGAAGUACGUAGCGGUGCUAGUAAAGAAGACAAGGCGGCGCUGCAGAAGCCCGAGGAGCGCACCAGCUCGGCCUCGCCCGAGGCUGCGCGCAGCUCGCUGGACAGGGGCGAGUCCCUGGGCGCCACCCGGAGCGCCGACCGCCACGCGCCUGCGCCCGACUCGCCCGACUCGCCCGACUCGCCCGUCCGAGCGGCAGGUUGCUACACUGUCGUGAGAUGGCCCUUCCCCAGAAUUGUUGCUGUUGGGGUGUCAGUCCUCGUCGCAUUGCAUUGAGCCGUGAAGCAUGGGAAGGUAAAUAGCUGAGGAAAAGAUUUGAAGCCACAGCCACAGAACGGUUGGCGCAGAACGGUUGGCGCAGACGCCAGGCCGGCUGAGUGUGAUCCGGAGCGUUCGCCUCGCGGUGCAGCGAAACGAACAGCCGGGAACUAACACUUCGUGUGCCAAAAUGAAACGGAAAAUUCUUCAAAAUAUUCAUCGAACGGACGAAAUAGAAGAAAUUCUGCGAAUCCACAAACACGGCAAUUCGAAGCGACUUGCGUGUGAAACUUCUGAACGACCGUUUGAACUGUACUUUUUAAGAGGCAUCUUGUACAUAAAUAGCCAAGAACAUCUGAAAGAUUCGCUCUUGUACCAGACUCGUGCGAAUUUUCUUUAGUUGAUAAGCAUCGAUAAUAGUGGGUGCUGCAAGAAAAUAGACAUGCGUGUUGACAAACGUGCGAUUGGGUGCUUUUCGCAGUCCAAGAAAUUAAAUUCACGCACCCUGUUAGUGAUAAAGAAAAUAUCUGCGAAAUGACGUUCAGGUAUUGAGUUCUUUUGUUUCAAUCAAUCAUCCCGAAAUGAAUGUGUUGGUUUUUGAGUCACUAUUUUUAUGUCAUGUAUAUACCGUAUUGUUAUCAUAGAAAUGUAGAUAAUAAUGAAUGUGAGAUUUUAGGAAAGCAUUGCAAUUUAUUAUUCCUUGAACUGUAUUUAAUUUUGUGUAUCAUAGAGUUGGGUCUUGGGAGGAAAAUGCAAAUGUGCUUUAAUUUUUAAAAUAAAUACUCUCCGAGUAAGUCUACCAAAUGUUUUGCAGACAUACCUUUAUCCGUGAAUU